AACGCCAACCGAGGACAGGCCAGAAGAUAAAUAUCCUACGAGACAGUUGAACUGUUCUACGAUCUUUGGCCACAUGAAGGACGACGCAGUUCAAAUACAACAGGAACAAAUAAUGGACAGUGGACUAUUGCCACCAAUGCCAAAUAGCUGUGUUUAUGUUGAGAGGACUUUUGCAAUGAUAAAACCAGAUGCUGUUCACAAAUUUCCUGAAAUAGAGGACAUCAUUCUUCAAGCUGGAUUCUGUAUAUUGCAAAAACGGCAGCUACAACUGAGUCCAGAACAAUGCAGUGACUUUUAUGCUGAACAAUAUGGAAAGCUGUUUUUCCCAAGUCUGACAGCAUUCAUGAGUUCUGGACCAAUCAUUGCCCUUGUACUGGCCAGAGACCAGGCCAUUGCAGUCUGGAAGGUGCUGAUGGGCCCAGUGAACAGCAUAAAAGCAAGAGAGACACACCCUGAUUGCUUGAGAGUCAGAUAUGGGACCUCUGACCUUCGGAAUGCUGUGCAUGGCAGUGACAGUUUUUCUGCUGCAGAACGAGAGAUAAAAUUCAUGUUCCCAGAUUCUGUAAUUGAGCCUAUUCCAAUGGGUGUGGCAGGUGAAGACUACCUCAACAGAUAUGUAAAUUCAGCUCUUCUUAAAGGCCUAACGGAACUAUGCAAGAGAAAACCGGCAGACCCCUUUACAUGGCUUGCUGACUGGUUGAUGAGCAACAACCCUAACAAACCCCAAAUAAGCGUUGGUGGAACCCUGGUGUGAUCUCUGAUUAUAUCAACUUACCUGUGACUGUAUUGGUUUGUCUGUGUUAUGUAAAAUAAAUAAAGACUGGAUGAAUGAA